GCUUCGGAAGCGUUAAGAAUUUUGUCAGUGUAUUGGUUAUUGUGCGUGUGGUGUCAGUGUAUGUGGUUCUUUAAGUAAAAAAUAUAUCGGAGUUUACCAAAACUUUUAAGCAACAAAUUCCACCUGCCUUGUGUUUUUAUAUAAUUUAUUUUUAAAAGGGCAGAAAAGUGCAGCAAAUGUCAGGCGUGGAUCAGAUGAAAAUACCAGGAAACACAGCUAAAUCGGUCGAGGAGCGAAAUAUACCAUGGAGCCAACAAGUUGAUGAGGCCUCGUACGAAAAUCUAUCUUCCCCCAGCCACGAUGAUGUCUCUGUCAAUGAAAAUUCAAUGCAAUUCCAAAAUCCGCCGUUUAACUUUAAAGAGAAUUGCAACAAUCCGUGGAAUAAUAUGAACAAGGGCCGAAAGAUAAACGCCAACCAUGACUCAUAUAAAAGACAUGGCCAUAUUAUUCCCAAUAACACACGUCGCGAUGAGCACCAAGUGAACCCUUGGAAUUCCAGGAAACCAGUUACACAGACAAUUCGUAAUGAGAACGACCAUCCGUCUUUAAAACUGGACAACAGAAACUGCGAUGAAGCACAAAAUCACGAAGUUGUCGCUGCGCCCAAGAAGACAACCUGGGCUUCGAUUGCCUCCCAGCCAGCUAAACUAACAUCCAGGGCAGCGUCCACAACUUCGAACAAUAAGAAAAAGGGUCCUGGAAUGCCGCCACCGCCUAUGGUGCCAGGAAAGCACAAUCUAGAUGUUAAUGUUUGGGACUUGCCGAACAAUAAGCCACCUCCCGUACCUUCUCCCCCCUCUCCGAUCGACUUGGGAUAUUCAGACCCAAGCUCUGACUUCUCCAUAUCGGGAAACACAGCUCCUCCAUUGGGGGCACGAUCAGAGAAAGUGCACAAGGACUCGGAGAACUUCCAAAAGUAUGAAAAUAAGGGGUUGGGCAACAACAAUAACUUUAGUAGAGCCAAGGUUUCACCCACGGGUCCGGUUCGCCGCAAUCUGGGACCGCAACAGUAUCCGACACAUUAUGCAAGCCCACGUCCAACGAACAAUGCUGGUCCUUUCGUGCCACCAAACUCCAGGAGGCCAGAGGCCCCCGCACAUCCAGCUCGAAACUCUGAGCGAUCUGGCAAUUACUCCAGCUUCCGCAGUGGAGAAUCGGAAAAUUCUUCCAAGUUCGAGCAUCGAGAAGAGAACCAUACACGACCGGUGGAGGCCACUGCUGCACCCGAAGAGGUAGCCGUCGAUCCCCAGCUCCUGUUGGAUGAAUUAAAAGACAAAAAUAAUUAUAAUCCAAAAGCCAUGGACUUAAAACAAGCAUCGGCAUCAAGAUUUUUUGUCAUUAAAUCUUAUUCCGAAGAUGACAUACACCGCAGUAUAAAGUAUGAGAUUUGGUGCUCAACCGAUCACGGCAAUAAGAGAUUGGACGAUGCGUUCAAGGAGCGGCACAAAGAGGGCGGAAAUAUUAUGCUGUUCUUCUCGGUGAACGGCUCCGGCCACUUUUGCGGCAUGGCACAAAUGAUGACCGCCGUGGACUACAAUUCGACGUCCAGCGUUUGGUCACAGGACAAGUGGAGAGGCAAGUUUAAGGUUAAGUGGAUAUACGUGAAGGAUGUGCCCAAUGGAAAACUGCGGCACAUUCGACUGGAGAACAAUGACAAUAAGUCGGUGACGAACUCGCGAGACACCCAGGAGGUCCCUAACGAUAAGGGCAUCGAGGUGCUGCAGAUCUUGCACUCAUACAACCACUCAACGUCCAUAUUCGAUGACUUCUUCCACUACGAAAGAAAGCAGGAAGAGGAGGUCUCCUCAAAGCGUCCGCCAAUGCACGUAUCCGAGGGUAACAACCAAUCUCAAGCCCCCCCGAUUCGCAGUUUCAAUCGUCAUACGGAUGACAAGGAAAGAGACCGGGAAGGAGGUGGGCGAGGUGGUGGUAGCAUGUCACAAAAGCACUUUAAUGCUGGCGGAGCAGGUUUCCGGAAUCCAGUUCACAGGAGCAAUUACGGCGAGUAUCGUCGCGGCUUUGACGGCCAGAAGCAAGGUAGCGAUUAUCAGUUUAAGGACAGAGAAUCCGGGGAGUUCGAUAGAGACAGAGAAAAUGACUUUGGGGCUCACUACGGUUCCAAUAACAGGAAAAACGAAUAUCAAAAUAACACAAACAAGAGUCGAUUGAAAAAUCGCGAUCGGGAUUUCAGCACUGAACAAAUGAAGGUCGAAGUACGCUUUAGAGCGGGUUUGUCCACAUCGAAGGAUUUGCCAAGAGACACCGACAAGGAUAAAAUGCGAAGCAAUGAUUAUUCAUAAAUUAAAUGAGCUGCGGUAGAAAUCUUUUUUAAAUGAUAUUGAAUGGACUCCCACAAUCCGUUGAAUUGCUUAUAGACGUUAAAUUAUAAUUUUUAGAUUUUUUAACAAUUGCGUGUACAAGAUAGAUCCCCGAAUCAUGAAGAACAUAUAAAAGAACAUGUGGGAAAUAGGAUUAAUGAUUAAAAUAUGAUAACAUUUUUACGUAAUUAUUUAUUACAAUAUUUAUAUAAAUCUAUUGACGCUCACAUUGAACAGUUCAUAAACAAAUUAAUGAUCGAUUUUGCCGAUAUAUACAACAUUUAUAAACACCAAGGAGUCUGCUUCAGCCAUUCCUUGUAGUUGCACUGUAACAAUUUAUACAACUUAUUUGAAUCUAAAGUGUACACGACUUAUGUAUGUAUAAUAUAAUUAAAGUAACCAAUCCAUCAUUUA